UCACGAUAUCAUCCACUCCGACUCCGGCUGCUAACUUCGGAGUGCUUCACGCUGGAAAGACGUCCUUACUCCGACCAUCAGGCUCCACAACGGUACAUAAGGCCGACGAAACGCAUCAUGUCGAGCCCCGCACACUCUUACGCAGCCUCCCCCCUCAUCUACAACCACCCACCAUGACAGACACUGGCUCUACGGACCAUGUUCGAGCAACCUUACCAACGCCGGUUUCUACGGCAUCAUUCUGGCACAGCGAGCCAUCCGAGUUCCUUUUUGGACACAGAACAACCGACGAUCUACCAGCGGCAGCAGACAUUGUCAUCGUAGGAAGCGGCAUAACAGGAGCAUCCAUCGCCCGAUUCCUUGCAGAAGAUGAACGGGCAAAGGGCAAGAGCAUUGUCAUGCUGGAGGCGAGAGAGGCAUGCUGGGGGGCUACGGGAAGGAAUGGAGGCCACUGCCAGCCACUCCUCUUCGACCGCGGUCCCGAAGUCGCAGCCUUCGAGCUGAAAAACGUUCACGCCGUUCAAUCCUACAUCGAAGCCCACAACGUCCCCUGCGAAUGGCGCAGUGUGUCUGGAUGCCGUACCUUCUGGAAAGAAGACCUGAUCCAAGAAGCAGAAGAAGCGAUCAAAGAGCUUAAAGAAGCAGCCCCAGACAUCGGCAAAAUGGUCACAAUAAUCAAAGACGCCGCCGAACUAGCCAAACACCGCGUGCACCCCUCCUGCACCGGCGCAACCCUCACUGAAGGCGCUGCCAGCCUCUGGCCCUAUAAAUACGUUACUUUCAUCCUCGAGAAGCUCGUGAAAGAAGGCAUUUUAAACCUCCAAACCACUACUCCCGUCACCUCCAUUACCUCAACUCCUUCGACCUUCGCGUCCAACAACAACCCCCCAAAGCCCCUAUACACUCUCCAUACCCCCCGCGGCCCCAUCUCAACAACCACCCUCCUCCUCGCCACAAACGGCUACACUUCCUCCCUCCUCCCCUCCUUCGCCGACCUAAUCGUCCCCGUACGCGGCACCAUGUCCGCCCUGCUCCCCCCUCCCGCCGCCACCCUCCUCCCAAACUCGUACGGCAUGGUCGGCGCCCUCGACCAGCCCAAAACCGCCGACGACUACCUCGUCCAGCGGCCCUACUCCGGCGUCCCAAACCCCGCCGCCCACUACAUGUUCGGCGGCGGCCGCGGCGCCAGCUCGCUCCCCUGCAUCGGCGUCAGCGACGACUCGGUCCUCGACACCGGCGCCGCCGCAUACCUCCGCACCGCGCUGCCCAAAGUCCUCGAUCUCGGGCCGGACAGCAAGCCUGGCGAUGAGCUGGAGGCGGUGCAGCAGUGGACGGGGAUUAUGGGGUACUCACGCGACGACCACCCGUGGGUGGGCGCGGUGCCGGAUAUGCCCGGUGUGUGGCUGGCGGGGGGGUAUACGGGGCACGGGAUGCCGAAUGGGAGUCUGUGCGGGAAGGCGGUGGUGGGGAUGGCGUUGGCGGCGUUGGAAGGGAAGGGGGAGGGGGUUGGGGAGGCGAUGGUGGACAGGGGGGAGAUGCCGAGGGCGUAUUUGAUUAGUAAAGAGAGGAUUGAGCGGACGAGGAGGCUGCCGACGGUUGAGGUGCAGGAUCUGCAGGGAGGGUUUAGGGUGUAGAGAGGUGUAGAGGGUAAAGGGGAGAUGGUAGAUAGUAGAUGAGAAUUGGUAGAUAGGGGUUAGGAGGUACGCUUCGGGGCAUAGAUUGUGGUUUCGUCAGUACAUCUGUAACAUCUUCGCACAGCGCGCCCUACGUGCUCCCACUUUCCCUCGUGUUCUGCGUAAAGACUCCCCUUUCAAGUAUACUAAAGCGGGUGCUUGGCUAGUACAGAGCGUAUAUAGCGUAUUCAUUCGUAAACUGGCAGGUAAAUGGCGUGAACAAUCUACC